UCACAGUUGCUAUCGGGUCACCCUAGCUGGGAUCCACAGAGUCUUAGCUGUUCUCUGCACACCCUUCCCACUCCCACAGAAACAUUGGCACAGGCUUCCCUUGCGCUCCCUGUAACACGCCCCUUGCUGUUCUAGUGAUGCUGUAGUCUGGGAGGAAGAUAUGGAGUCGGAGCUGCUAGGGGAGACCCCUGUGUGCUCCCCGGCAGAGCCAGUGCACUGGCAGUUCCUGACUCUGCUGGACACUGUGGGCAGGCGGAAUGGACAGGUGCUAGUGAUGGAGAUGGAUGAUGUACAUGAGGCAGCCCCGCUCGUGCAGAUGGACUUUGCCCAGGAGCUCUUCAGAGGGAUCGACCUAAAGACCAAACUCCACCGGAAGGAGGAAAUCAAGGAGGAAGAGCAGGAGAUGCAACCGCAGCUGGUCUUCAUGCUCUGGCAAGCUGCCACGCUGAGGCAGCUCAUGCAGUGGGAACACCUGGAUGAAACACUCUGGAACUUAAGGAAUCUCUUUCCCUGCAUGCCAGCGGCUCUGGUCCUGGUGAUGAUCCAGCCAGACCUGCAGCACCAGCAGGUGGAACCAGGACGGGCAGCCGGGGCACUACGGAGAAUGCAGUGCUUGCUGGAUGGUGGCUUCCAGGAACUGGUGGUGGAAGCAGCUGUUUACAGCCCAGGCCAGCCAGAUGGGACCCUGGAGGUCAAGAGAGCUGCUUGCAGAGCCCUGAGAGAAGUUCUGAAGGGCCAAGAAGAAAUGACUCCCCAGGAUCCAGUUACCAUCCGACUCAGCCUGGGGGUGUGCAACACAGGAUACGAAAGACGGUAUGAGGACAGGCUCCCUUAGGCCGCAUUGCAAUGUGCCUGGAAGGUGGGUGCAUCUCAUCCCGUCCCUUCAUAGCAAUAUCCACCCACUGCUACUGCACUAGCAAACCUGUUUAGCCGGCUGCUCCUAGCAUACUUGUUGGAGGAGUGCUCCCAGGCAGGUCAACUCCUGCAAAUACCUCUGCCUGAGGUGCCCUCCCCACUCCCCCAACUCUCCCCUGGCAGUUUGGGAAUUCCCCUUCCUGCCUGCCUGCGACUGCAAGCAGGCCAUGCUGUGCUGGGGGAAGGAGGAUGGGGGAGAGCAACGGGAGGGGGCUUAGAUACCGUGGUAACGGUGCUAUAGAAAACCUAGGCCAGACAGAUCUUUAUAGGACACCUCUUCCUCCCCCAGCCACACACACCUUCCUGCAACGCAAUUCCCUGUGGUGUCACAUACACUCCCCUCGCUGGGAUAGCAGAGCUCGCAAGGGGAACGUGUUAGCAGC